GAAAUUAGUCGUGAAAUUAGUCGACGGGCAUGAAAGCUGAUUCAAACACUAUGUUUCUUAGGAAAAAAAAACUACUUACUAUUUGACAAAAGUACAUACUCUAGUCCACCACUUGACAAAUAUAUAAACCUUAUCAACUUUGUAGGAAAAUUUUUAACCAAAUGGCUUCUUCUCCUCCAAAUAUCCUUCAACUCCACCAUAUCCAUUUUAUUCCUUCACUUCAUCCAAUUUCCUCCAUAAAACACUUCACUAUCAAAUGCAAUCCAAACUCAUCAGACCAAGAAUUCCUCACCCCUUCACCAGACUCAGAAACAACAAUCAGCCCAGACAAAUUCCCUAUAGAAAAACGACGAAAAUCCGAAAUAAUCCGUGAAAGAAAAUCAAGAACUGAUGGGCUAACAAAACAAGAACCACCAAACUUUGAGAUUGGUUGGAAGAGAACAAAGCAAAUUCCAUUAGAGAAACGUAUAGGGUACAUGGUAAUGGAUUUUUUGCAGAAGUUGGAAGAGUUAAUGGGGAGGGAAUUUGGGUCUACUGCAUUGUUGGUUAAAGUGGGAGAGAUAGUUGUAGCAAGAGUUACAGAAGAAGUUGAAGUGUUGAAAGAAGAAGGGAAAGUGGAAGACAGAAUGGUGAUGGAAUUGUAUAGAGUAUUGAAGUUGAUGGAAAUGGAUUUGGCUAUGGUGAAUGCUGCUGUGAAAGAAGAGACAUUGAAUGAAAGACUUGAACAUGCUAAGGCACGUUGUAGGCAAGCUAUUCUUGUUGCUAAUUCUUUCUGGGAGCUUCUGGCGUAACUAGCUUUAUUGCAUUCAUUAAUAAAAAAACUACCGCUACGAACUAGAGCGGCCCAUAUAGUCAGGCAGAAGCAAGGCGCCGGCGCUUUGCGAGGUCCUUACAUCCCUCCGCAAGCAUAAGUAGAGUCUCUGACUUCAAUAGCCAGUCUUGUACCCUCUCUUUUCUUCGGGAAAUCGAGUUAGCUGGGCUGGUUCCCUGUCACGAUCUCAGGAAAAUGAAAAUCAAUUCUCAAAGAUCCAUAAACAAAUCAGUGCUAGCUCCAUUUCCAAUCCACCAUUUUGCCAUUUUUUCAUCUGUGAAUUGUUAAUCAACCCAUCGGUACACUCUAUGCGAUCGAAUAUUUCUUACACACAUGAGUUUUAUGAGGGCUAUUAUGUCUAAGAAUCUUCCAUUGUCGUAUAGUUUACAGGACGAUCAGCUGUAGAGGAAAACCUAUAGUCAAACUGAGAAUCGCAGCCGAAGUUACUCUAUUAUGAGACCUCCUUUGUCGCAAUAGAAAUCGAGAAUGGAGGUGACUUCGCUACACUUGUUUAUAGUUGGAAAUUUCAGUUUUCGACCCGAAAAGCUCCACAGAGCUGUCGUAUGCGGGUACUACGAGGCCCACGACUUUCUUGAUCGCCUCAUUCGGGUUAAGAUGUGGCUAAAGUCUCGGUAAAAUUGCUUGUCAUGCGACAAGGAGUAACCGGUAAAGUUGUUGUCAUGCGAUGAGGAGUACAUGAGUUCAAAGCUUGGAAAUAGGUUCUUACCAUGAUACAACAGGUUAAGACAGUGGAGGAUAGAUUUUUAUGGUCCGGUUCUUUAAAUCUCACGUAUAGAGAGAGCUUUAGUAGUAAAGGACCAAAAUCAUACAUUAUUUUGCCUUAGACACAACAUAAUACAUAUUCUUUCAACUAGAGCACUUAUAGUCCUUUUUAUUUAGUUAAGUGAUCCAUUUUUAGUCAUAAUCCUAACACCGUUAAUCUUUUUAACAGCAGUCAAAUCACCUUUCUAUCACACUAUUUUUUUCCUCCAAAAAAAAAACCUCACCUGCAAAAUGUUGCUGACAAGGGCUUAAAUCAGUUUGAGUCUUUGAGAUUUUUUGUGUCACUAGUCAUUGUGAUUUAGUCAUAAGGGCAUAAUUUUUUGGGAAUCUCUUGUGUUCAUGGACUGAAUGCACAGCCAAUGAGGGAGGAAAAAAUAUAUUCCAAUAAACACAAGAACUCCGAGAUCAGCCUCUUCACCAACAACUGGCCGACGAGGACGAACCAAGUAUAUUUGAGUUGCACACCAUAAGCAAUAUAAGGAAGCAAUUACCAACAUCAGCUUGACAAAGUUGAUAACUCAUAACUUGAGCAGUUUCAGUGGCUUCACUCCACAAGAUAGUUGCGACCCAAAAAUGAUACGUUAACGACAGAGCAAGCAACUGAAAUGAAAGUAAAAUAUCAUUGACUAAUCCAUCAGUAAACACCUGCUGAUGUAAAUAAAGUCAGCUAUCAAGCAACAACAUAAAACGCAAAUCAUAACAACAUCUGGAUUUAUUGGUGCGCGACCUUCCAACCAACCUGUGCUCAAUAUCCAAGUGUAUUGAGGGAACAUCUUUUGAUUUAUACACGUUUUGACUUCUUUUAUUCUCUAUUCCUAGUCCUUUCACUCUUCAAUCUGUCAAACGUCCUCAUCUUUAGAAACGAGUUCUUUUGCUCUUCAUUCUGUCAAACGUCUUUGCAUAUCUGGUAUGUAUUUUGAUCCAUUCGAGUUGAUUUCAUCUGCUCUUUUCUUGA